CAUAAAUAAAAAUCCAAAAAUAUAUUAAAAAAUGAACAUUUCGAGCCAUGAACUAUAAUAUUCCCUUUGAAUAAUAAUUAUAAUAAACUUUUGCCCAAUUAUCUAAGAAAAUCAUUAAAUGUAAUGAUUUUGAGCAAUAAUGGAAUAAUAACAAUAAUAAGUAAGAGGUGGGAAAAAUUAAUAACUGUAAGUGGAAAGGAGCGCAAAAAUUGAAAUUCCUUCCUCUUUCUUUUUUCCUGGAACUACUAUUUAUUACUCCGACAAUAAUAUAGAAAAUUGCACUUAAUAAUUGAAAAGAAAAAUGUCAGAAGGGAGUUGAUCGAAGACCACGGGCUGAGAAACAUUUGCUCGAAAAUCGUCCAAGCAAAGCAAAGUAGCAGUUAAUCAAAUUUUCAGUUCAUCAGCAUCGUCAAUCAAUAGUCAAUCGUGCAAUCAUCUCCUCUUCCCAACCAAAAUCAUUCCCUCUCCGCUUCCCCGAACUGCACCCCGCCGGGAAAUGUCGUCGGCGGAAAUCUCCGGAAUCAUGGACAAUUCGAGGGAACUCGAUCGGCUGCGGAAAGAUCAAGAGGACGUUCUUAUGGAGAUCAACAAGAUGCAUAAGAAGCUUCAAGCAACUCCAGAGGUGGUUGAAAAGCCUGGUGACAACUCGUUGCAAAAGCUAAAAUUGCUAUAUAUGCAGGCCAGGGAUCUGUCGGAGAAUGAAAUAAAUGUUUCUAAUACCUUGUUGACUCAGCUUGAUGCCCUCCUGCCGCCUGGUCCUCCAGGACAGCACAGAAGGCGAAUUGAAGGCAAUGAGCAGAAAAGGAAAAGAAUGAAGGCCGAUCCAGAUAUGCCUAGGCUUUCACCUUCUAUGAGAAGUCAACUCGAUUCUUGUGCCAGCUUGAUAGGUGAACAGGUAGCGGCCAGGGUUACUGGCGAUGAUGCCGAAAAGGAUGAAUGGUUUGUUGUAAAGGUCAUGCAUUUUGAUAGAGAGAAAAGAGAAUUUGAGGUAUUUGAUGAAGAACCGGGUGAUGAUGAAGAUGGUGGUGGUGGGCAAGGGAAGUACAGGCUACCGAUGUCAUGCAUCAUUCCUUUCCCAAAGAGAAACGAUCCAACAAGCGCUCCUGAUUUCCCUCCCGGAAGACAUGUCUUGGCGGUUUAUCCAGGAACAACAGCACUCUACAAGGCAACCGUUGCAAAUCCCCCGAGAAAGAGGAAGUCCGACGAUUAUCUGCUGGAGUUUGAUGAUGACGAAGAAGACGGAGCAUUGCCCCAAAGGACAGUUCCUUUCCAUAAGGUUGUACCCUUGCCAGAUGGCCAUCGCCAAUGAAAAAAAAGUUAUCCCCAAACUCCUGUCCAUAGCUGUGUAUAAUCUAAAUGAUACAAGUAAUGUUCUUUACUUGUUGUAGAAGUUAAAACCGUUUUUUUGCUACUCCCUUUUCCCCCUUCCCCCCGUCACUUCAAGACUUCCUAAGAACAUGGCAAGCUAGAAUCCUUGUGAUUUUCUGUUGUGAAAUAUCUAUCUAUCAAUCCAACAGCAAUGUUUUUUAUUCAAACUCCUAGGUGAUGCAAAAUCUUAACUUCAGAUGUUCUGCCUUCUGUGUAGUUAGUCUGCACUAAUUGUAUUCAAACUCCAAUAUCCCAGUUCGGAUUUCAUUCAAACUCCAUUUAUGCUUUCUAUCUCCAGUCUGAAUUCUAUCGUACAUGUCCUAGCCAAGUCUCCAUGGAUAUAUAUACUAGUUUAACCAUCCAUGGAUUCAUCUGCAGCAAGAACCACAAAACUAUGAGCAAAUCCUGUACAGAGAAGGGUUUAAUUGCACAGGAAGCAAAGCAAUUGGUGUCUCAUGUCGAUGGACCAAAAACCAUUGAGUCAUCUUUGCUUAUUGGUUCAUCUAUUAACGAAUUUUCUUCGUGUUUCUCAUAAUUUAUUUUUUGAUCCAACGAUCAAACUGGUUGCAUACGCAAUAUGAAGUCAACCUGCUAGUAACAAAGAGUGGAUCCAUCGAUGUGGACAGAUUUAUAAUGAGAAAAGAGUUGGAAGUUCUUGAUAUGAGUAAUACUAGAACGAAAGCUCGCGUGAAAGUUUCACGUUGUGCGUUUAACUUUUGUUUAGUGAAGAUUUAUAUUUUUGUAAAUAGGAAGCAAUAUGUUAAACAAAAAAUAGAUAUUCUCAUAAUACAAUUUUUUUAAUGUG